AUUGCAUUGUGACGGCCAUGACCGCGGCGUGCGCCGACGUGGCCUCGUCACCGCAAAAGGAAGGGACCGUGUCCAUCGAUGACUUCAAUGGGACCAAGCCCAUCUCCAGUCCCCGUUCGAUUGAGGCUUGCGCGGCAGUUGGCAUAACACCCGAUGACUUGAUGCCUCGAACCAUAGCGUCGUUUGCAUCGCCGAAAGAAGACUUGAGUUUUACCAUGAAGCGCGCUGAGCGGUACGAGCAACGCCGUGUUCAGUUGCUUGAUCAAGUUCGCGUGGCUCGACAACGCCAAAUGGAUCAAGAGGUAUCGUCGGCCCUUGGACGCUCCGUCUACCGAUCGGGGGUCCAUACGAGGCCUUCGUCGUCGCCGAGUAAAUCGGCGAGACAGUCGAGCCCCGUGCUGCGGACCUCCCACCACAAACCGAGUGGCAGCAACUUUACACCUUCCGUUGUCGAGGACAGCACAGUUGUCGAAAACGAACGCCGACGCCUCGAAAAGAUCCAACUGCGUCAAAUGACUGAGAUGCAGCAAAUGAUCAACUGGGAAAUCAAACAAGCCGAGAUGGAAGCAAUGCAGACGGAGCAACUUGCGAUGCGGAAGCGGCAAGAGGAAGCCAUCGAGCGAGAAAAGGCGAGGAGAUUGAAAGACGCCGACGAAGCGCGUCGGCAGCGUGAGCUCACCAAGCGACAAGUGCAGCUGGAAGAAGUCGCGGCAGCGCGCGCGUUGGCGUUGCGAGAAUUCGCCGAGGCGAAAAAGCGCAAAGAAAUCGAGGAUCAGGCAAAAUUGGCGUGGAAGAACGAGAUGGUCCAACGCGAACGGGAACGCUUACGCAAAGCUGAGGAGCACAGACAACAGACCCAAAACAUUCUGAGUGAAUUGGAGGCACAGGCCAUGAAACGAAUGGAGGACAUGGAGCGCCGCGACAAAGUGCGCAAGGAAAAACUCGACCGGCGUCGCCACGAGAAAAUAGCCGAAAUCUUGGAAAAGACGGCCAAGAAUAAAGAACGAAUCAUGAGUGUCAUGAACGACAAAGACAGGCUGCUUCAAAUGCAACGCGAGGCGUACGCCCAACGCCAAGCGGAUAGUGACGCGCGGCGACUUCGACUAGAGGCCGAACAAGCUGCACGACGGCAACAGCAAGCUCGUAUCGACGCCGAGCGAAAGGAAGCCGAGAUUGCGACGCGGGAGCACCAGAAACAACUAGAAACAGAACGGCGGGAGCGACUGCUGGACGCCGAGCGCGAGGCCGAGAUUCGAUUACACAUUCGUACGCAGGAAAAGGAAGAACUGCGUCAGCGCCGCCGCGAGGAGGAAGAGAUCAAAAACAUGGAGAGGAUUCAAGUCGCCAAUCGGAUGCGGGAGACAGAAGCCGAGCGACAGAGUCAGAUUUUGUCCAAGUCACAGUCCAAGGGCCAGCGCGCCGAGAUGAUGCAGCACAAGCGAAAACUGGAGAUGCGAGCCAAAUGGGAGGAAGCAAAACUGCGGGAGGAGGCGAUUCAGGACGCGUUGCAGAGGAAGGCUCGGCGAGAUGACUACCAUAAGAGCGUCCUCAUGUCCAAGUUGGAAUGCGACCAAGCACGUACGGACGCCAUUAAAUGCCAAAAGGAAUCGAUAUUGCAGCAACGUCGACGAGUCAAACAACAAGCCGAAAUCCAGCGCCAGGAGAUUUUGAGCAGCUUUUACAAAAUGAAGAUCACGAAAAAAUUCAACCUCCAAGCUGUCGAGAGCGUCUUGGGGUCGACAACUUCCCGGCCGAAGACCGCUCGAGGUGGUGGAACAAGCCCUGCAAAGAUUAAAUCGAACAACCACAAGAUCUCCACUCGACCAAAAACCGCACCGAGAGGCGGAGUGCGGCGGCCGAAAACGCCCCAGACACGACCAGCCGUGGCUUCCGCAGUGUGCCGUCAACGGUACUCUUCUUUCGCUGCGUCGUCGAACGCCGUUGACUUUGCUGCGCCCAGGUACAUCAGCAAGCACAUCUCGAGGUAUCCGUCGAACAAGGACACAGCAACUCCUGAACAAGUUGCCGAAUUGGCGCCUCAACCUCAAGCCUCAAAACCGACGAUGGACCAACACUUGGAAGCGUUCCGACGACGGCAAAACCAAGAGUUGCUUCGAGUGCUCGAGGAAGAACAAGCUGCGGAGGAGCAGCGUGAAGUCAUCAUGCAGCAGGCGCGGGAUUCGAGUGAACGCAGCCGCCUUGAGAAAAUCUUCGGUCUCGAGCGAAGCCAAGCAAGUGAACGCAUCAUGCGGCUUACGGAGGAGCACGAAAUCAUGUUCAAUCAGCAUUUGACCGAGCUUCGACAACAGGCUGAUGGCAUGUAAAUAAUACAGCUUGUACAAAACAAAC